GUUUAAAACUUAGUACUACUCAUGUACCACGUUUUACAUACAAUCACUAGAAAGGUUAGUUGGUUUAGUUCUUAUGCAGUAAACAUUUAAGUAGUAAUAAAUAUCAUAGUAUACGUAACAAAUUAAAUGUUUCCUUAAGUUAUAUUCACAAAUGUGUUUGAGAAACGUUUUAUUUAUCUUGUCCAUAGGUAGACAUCUGUGUAUAUGCAUUUCAAAGGUUGAAUAGUAGUAAUAAUCCGUAUAGAACAGCAAGUGAGUAAAAGUUUUUGCAAUUAAGCAUCCUGAAUAGGUAUCCAUUUCAGCUGAAAUCCCUUUUGAAUAGUUAAUUCACCUCUGUGAAUCUUACCUUAAAUAAGAAUGUGAGAAUUUCAUGUAUUAAAUCAAUCUACGCACAAAAUUUCAUUAGAAUUUGACUGCACUUUUGAAGUAUUACUUUCUCGAGAAAUGGUUGGGGUCAAAAGUUAUGAAUGCUAAGAUGACACUAGAAAUAGAGUAUAAAAUAUUAAAAUAAUUUUAAAUUUCCUCAGAUUAUUUCGAGUUUUAUAAAUGUUAGAGGUUUUUGUAGUUUUUGAGAUAAUCGUACUAGCUUAAUGUUAACUGUAUAUAUGUAUAGUUUGAGUCUCAGUACUUGAGAUUAUGGAGAUUUGUAGCUCGAGUGGAUGAUUUUUGUGAAGUUUCGAGGCGUCACUUGUAUUGUGGUUUAAUCCUUUUCUGAGUAGGUGUUCUAUGUUUGUCAGCGGUUGCUAUGACAGCUUGACCACCCAUUUGUUAGUGCUUUCUUCCGUGGGUGGUUAUGAAAUCUCGAUUAGUUUUUUCUCAAGGGUGUUUCGUCAUUGCUCUCUGUGUUGUCUGCAUGAUAUCUCCAUGGCUGUUGUCAAGAUUGCCAAAUAUUCUGACGUAAGUAUCCUCUCUAGCUUUCUCUUUUUGUUAUCCAUGAUGUGUUGGUAUUUGUGGAUUCUAUAUUGUGCAUCAGUUAUCAUUAUGUGUGCCAUUUUUCUUCCACUUUGUUCAGCUAUUCUCCAUCCCAUUGGGCAGUUGAUUGGAGGUCUUUAUCUUACACUUGUUAGCAGUAUAUGCUGACGAAAACACUUGUAAAGAAAAUACAGUUGUUCUCAAGUGGAUCGAUUUCCAAUUUAUCGACCAAUCAGAGAAAUUAUGGACAAAUAUGGGAUCGAGAAUUAAAUCAGUGGGAGAUACAAUCAAAAUAAACAAUGACAGGUUAGAGAUCGAGGUCUACAUGACAAGCUGUGAGCUAUAUAUGUGGAGAACUUCGACCACUUCUACUUGAAGUUUGUAUUGAUGAUGUCGUUCAGAAGAAGAUUAAAAAGCUCCACGACUGAACCAUCCAGCUCAGGAGAAAAACCCCACUACAUUGUUUGUGUUUUGAUCACUAUCCACUAUAAUGGAUGUAACUUCACUCAUCAGUCAGUUACAAUGCAGGACCAAGCACAUAUAUGCAUCGGUCCAAGUUCCCACACCUCAUUAGCACCGAUCUCGAGUGCUGUUAGAGGUAUGAGAUCAGUUAUCAAUUCCCGGUUGCCCACACCGUGGAAGGGUUCUUCUGGAGUUACCUGAAAAGAAAAUUGGGUUAGGGGUGGUCUUAGUGACCUGAGAGCCUGACCGCAGUGCCCAAGGUACAACUGAUUGAGGUCGGUCACACACGACCUUUAUGUGAGUAAUUUCCGUGUUAGCUCCGUAUUUAUGGGACCUUACCGCCGGAGACGGAGGCGAGUUGUGCAUUUUUAGGGUCAACCUUUUCUAACUCUGCCCUAUCUUUGUGGGAAGGCAGCAUCGUUGCUAUGCUGGUUGUCUGAUGGAAAUACCUUACUGCCAUCACAAUUUUGUACAGUCAGCAGUAUGACUUCACAUUCGGACUUUGGGUUAGCUGAUUUUAGUUUUACCGCUCUUCAACCGACCUGUCUGGUAUGGUAGGACCUUGAGGAACUGUUGUUCCAUGCAGUAUAGCUUGAUUGGUUCAUUACGACAGCCAAGCCCGAUCACCAUAUCAAGGUAGCAACAACGGUCAGGAACUUCAUUCAUCAAAUGAGACCUCUGUCUUUCUGUUAUCUUAAUCAGCAAUUCCUAAGAAUUCAGUCUGUUUUCCUUUCGUAAACAAUUACGAGGACAAUAUGUUGUAUUUUUUUACGCAGAUUUUUGCCAAUCAUUCAGUUUAUUUUUUUGGUUUUUAUUUCAGCUUCACUGUCGAAAAUACAAAGGGAAAACAUGCGUUUUUAUGGCACUGUGUUUCUUUGCAGCAUUCCUAUAUUUUACUAAACAUUAUAUCGUCAGUGAUGUAAUAAUAAGGAUAUCCGAUUGGAAGUGGGGUCCAGCUGAUAGUCAGAAUUGUCCAGUAUUUGAUCACUCUAAAGAAGACCUUACUAUUAAUCGUAUGGCAGUUUUAGUACCGUUUAGAGACCGUUUCACUGAAUUGCAAGAAUUCAUACCUCAUUUAAACAACUUCCUCAAUAAUCAAAACGUUCGUCAUACAUUUUUUAUCAUUAAUCAAGUGGAUGAUCUUCGGUUUAAUAGAGGAGCUUUGUUAAAUGUAGGAGCACUUGAGUCACUUGAAGCUGAAGUUAAUGGAAUUAUUGUUGAAAGUAUUACUCAAAAAAAUUCAUUGUAUCAGUUAUCUUCACAAUGUUUAAAACUUCCUUUUACAAAAUAUUUGGCUUUACAUGAUGUUGACUUACUACCUGAAGAUCCGGCAUUAAAAUAUAAUAUGCCAUCGGAAUUAGGACCGAUUCAUCUUAUUCCAUUUUAUCUUCAUCCACGUUAUUAUUAUUUUAAAGAAUAUGCCGGUGGUGUUUUAAUCAUUAAAAGAACUCAAUACAGUUUAGUUGGUGGUAUGUCAAACUCAUUUUGGGGAUGGGGACGAGAGGAUGAUGAAUUUCAGAUACGUUUAAAAUCGAAAGGAUUUAAGAUUGUAACGCCAAUUAAUGUUACCAUGGGGCUAAAAGCUUUCCGUCAUAUUCAUCAAGAAGAUCAACAUAAACGAGACGUUAAGACCUACUAUAAUCCUGAUGUUAUGAACUUGAUUCGCAAUCCGAUUGGAGGUUUGACUUCAGUAAAUUAUACUGUUAUAAAAAGACGUCUAAUAACAAUCAGCAGUAUUCCAGCUAUUGUAAUCAAUGUUAAACUAUAUUGUGAUUCAAUGAAUUGCAAAUUAAAAUCAUGACAUAGUAUUACAGACAAGUCACCGUAUAAAUUUUCAUAUUCAUUCAGAUUUAUAUAUUUAGUAGUAUUUCUUUGCAUAUUAUUAACUUUAAAAAAAUUUGACUUGCAGUUAUCCUGAUGUAAAUACUUUCAUUUAUUCAUAACUGGAUGGUUGACCAUAGCUAAUGUGUUGUUAUUAUCAUUAUUGUUACUAUGGUUGUUCAGAGUUAAUGAAUGAUAGGUAUUUCCAGACCGGACUUUCUGGUAGAAAUAUGCUGAAUUCUAAAGUCAUAUUAAUGUUGUUGUAAUCUAUUAGUUAUGUAAAUAUAAGCACCAUGAUAGACGCUUAGAAACAGUUUGGAAAACUGUAUUUUGGAAUUUAGAAGUGGGUUCAGAUCAAGUGAAAUAUUCAGCCUGCAGUAGGCGGGUUUAUGUAUCAUGAAUUGAGACCAUUAUUUCCCAACUAUUCUAGAAUUUAUCAAUUGGUUAUAUUAUGGAAAUAUUGUACAAGUUAGCACACUUAGUUUCUGAUGCGUCAUGAUGAUCGGUUUUGGUUCAGAAAUGAAGUGAGAUAGGAAAUAUAACAUUGUAAACGAAUAAUUUCUGAAGUAAAAGCUGAAAUUUUAAGAAUACCAAUUGUUGCUUAUCGCUAGCAAUUUUUGAGUAAUUCCUGUUCUAGCUUCCCGUAGGAAGGAUUAUCAGAAGUAUCAGGUAAAGAGAUUUAUACUGAUAAGGUGGUGUUAAUGAAGGAAGGAUGCGAGAAAAGAACAACGAAUGGAACAAAACAACAAUAAAGCUGCGUCAUUUGUGACGAAAGUGUGAUGUUAUGUUAAAUCAGUACAUUAAACCUAAACUGAAUUAUUUUCAUUAGAUACAUUGUUAUUCAGGUCUCCGCAGCUGAUGUUAACUAGACAGGGUGGUGAAAUGUAUUAGAGAAAUAUGGGAUCGACCUAACAGAGAAAAGUCAAGAGUAUGGAAGCUGUUGAGAGUUAUGUCAGCUUACAAAUUGAAUUGAUAGCAGGAGAAGAAACGGCUUAGUUAGCUGUUUGUAUUGGCAAACGGGAUUGUGGAGAUAUGACUGACAAGUUUAUUUUGUAAAUAGUUUUUAAUAUUAUUUGUAUUUAUCUUGUCAAACUUUCACUGUAUGUAUAUUUAACACUAAAUGACUGUAACUGUUGUUUCGGUAAAUGACCUUGAACACUUCCGUUGUGCAACCACAUAGCGUGACAUACUCUUGCUGGCUAACAAAUACACUACUACUCAUACAUGCCUCGUUCUAUCUUCGUUUGUGAUUGAGUUAACUGAAGUCUAAAUCAAAUACUAUCUACAUUUAUAGACUGUAAUUGGGAUAUAUCACAUCCUACGUUGGAUUAUAUCGCUGGAAAGUUCGUCAAUCAGAUUGGAAUUACCAAGCAUUUAUAAUUGUGGUUUCUUAGUACCAGACCAAAGCCGAACACGCAUCACUUUGGUGAACUUAGUCAGUCAGUCAGUAACAACGUAGAACUUCGUACGUACGUACAUCAGUUCGAGUUGCCACACCACAUUAGCACAGAGAUGCAGUGGUCGAUUCGAAUCCCGUAGUGGUAG